AUGCGUGGAUUUAUUGUCUUGUGUCUAAGCGCCGUGGCCUUGGCCGCACCGCAGGGCUACAAUUACAAUCCUGGCCCAUCCGCUCUGGGCGCCGGCCUGAGCAGCGCCAGCGGCAGCGGCGCCAGCUUCUUCCAGGCUGCACAGGUGCAGCAGCAGCAGCAGCAGCAGCAGCACUAUCAGCAGCCGCAGCAGCAGGCCUUCUUCCAGCAGCAGCCCCAGCAGCAGCAUCAGCAGCCGAUCGUGUCGAAGCGCUUCUUUAUACACUCGGCGCCCGAGGAUGUGGAUGAGGAGUACAAGGAGCGUCAUAUUACGGUGGGCGUGCCCAAGCGCAACUAUAAUGUGGUGUUCAUCAAGUCGCCGCAGCGUUCGAAUAAGAAGACCUCCAUCAAGAUUAGCCCCGCCGUCAACGAGGACAAGACCGUCAUCUAUGUGCUCAGCAAGAAGACGGACAGCUCCGAUGUCCAGGCCGAGGUCGUUGAGCAGGCCAGCUCCACCAGCAAGCCGGAGGUGUUCUUCAUCAAGUACAAGACCAACGAGGAGGCCGCCCAUGCCCAGCAACAGAUUCAAUCCCAAUACGAUGCCCUUGGCGGCACCAGCCAGCUAACCGAUGAGGGCGUGGCACCUGUCACCUCUGUCAUUGGCGCUCUCGGCGGCGGAGAUGCCAACGGCGUCGCUGUCGGCGGCGGCACCGGCAUUGGCGGCGUCUCCUCCUCCCACUCCUCCGCCUCCUCCAUCGGCGGCGGCCAGCCAUCGUUAAUGAGUUCGGGUUAUAAAAAUGAAAUUCGACAAACAAUUAAAAAACCACAAAGGGGAUCGCUGGAUCGAUUGAUAAGCACUGGAAAAUCGAGCUAUAAAAUGGCAAAACGAGCGAGCAAAACUCAUGACUUGGCAACGAGUCGAGCAGAGACAGGCGUGCCUGUCUGGAACGAGAUGAGCAACAAGCUUACGCUGGGUCUGCUGCAGCUGCCCGUGGGCGUGGAUGUGGCGGGAAAUGUUCGUCUGGCUGUGGACAGCAUUACGCAGCUGAAGGCUGAAAAUCCCCAGCUACAGCUGGCCAUAUUGCCGGAGAGCUUCAACGGGCCGUAUGACAUUGAGCAAUUUGGCCGGAGUGCGGAGCGCGUGCCGGAUGGACGGACAUGCCAGGCGCUGUCCCAGCUGGCCCGGAAGCUGGGUAUCUAUAUUAUUGGCGGCAGCAUAAUUGAACGGGAUGACCAGAAUAAGCUGUACAAUACGUGCACCGUGUGGGCGCCCAAUGGCCAGCUAAUUGGCCGACAUCGCAAGCUGCAUCUCUUUUGCGCCAACAUUGAGCCGGAGCAGCUGGGCGGCGUCCAGUUCGAUGAGGGCGUCGCCUUGACGGCGGGCGAUCAGCUGACCCUGGUCCAAAUUGGAGCACACAAGGUCGGCAUUGGCAUCUGUCAUGACAUGCGCUUCGAGGAACUGGCACGCCUCUAUCGCAACAUGGGCUGCUCGAUGCUGGUCUAUCCGGCGGCCUUCUGCAUCUGCCAGGGUCCCAUGCACUGGGAGCUGCUGCAGCGCGCCCGCGCCACAGAUAACCAGCUCUUUGUGAUCACUAUGUCCGGCUAUGUCGCCUACGGGCAUUCCAUGAUCGUUGAUCCCUGGGCGCGUGUGCAGCGCGAGGCGGGCGAGGGAUGUGAACUGAUUGUGGAGACUCUUGAUUUCGACAUGGUGGAUGAAGUGCGUCGACAGAUUCCCAUCUUCAAGCAGCGGCGCAUCGAUGUCUAUGAACAGGCCGGAGCGGACGUUUAAAACUGGGCUGCGAUCGAAAAUGUAAACAACUCUUAAUAAAAAUGAAUACAAAUUGGUAUGCUCGAUAGGCUGAUACCCUGUAAAA